AUGAUUAUUCCAGUUUUAAAUAUGGAUGUCACUCCAGCUGUACAACUGAUGAUUGUUAUUUCGUACAUUGCACUUGUUUAUGGGCUCUCUGUUGAAAUAAUUGGGUACCAUCCAUUUGGCCGAACGAUAAAACCAAAAGCUGUUAAUGCCGUCAAAAUUGAGAAUCCUCCCACAGAGAGUGCAACAAAACAAAGGAAGACAAUUUCUCGGGAAGGUAGGUUUCUGAGAAUUAAAAAUGUUCGUGAAUAUUUUGAAGGAAAAAGGAAAUAAGAGAAGCAGUAUCGAAAGGGAUCCUUACCAAGCUUACCAUUGCUUAGUGACGACUGUUGGUUAAAAUGAAGGGAAGCGAAUCUCUUUUUGCCCGAGAUUUUACACGAACUAGAGAAUGAAUUGCUCAUUAACGUUCCUCGAUUUUCUGAUGCUUGCUAUUUCCUCACAUAUUACGUGCAAGGUGCUGAAAUUGUACAACUUUCUCACGUUAUCCAGCUCUUUCUGAGUAAUUUAAAAACUUAAUUUGUGUACAGUGUUUACGGCGGUGCCCUCUACUGGUUUUAACCUUUGCUACUACUUACUUACUUAAGCCGGGAAUUAUCCCGAGCCGUCCUAAUACAGUGGAACCUCUAUUAAGCGGACACCUUCAGCACCUUCCCGUUUUGUAAAAAACUGCGCAGCGUUUGUUAAUGAUUAACAUUCAACGGUUAGUUAUACUUUGUACUGUGAAAAAGUUCCAUGUUGCCAAGGAGGCUAAGGAAGCUGUGCUGUAAUUUGUCCAAGACUUUUAGGUGAACUUUUGAAAGCUAAACGUAUUGAUUUAUCUUUAUUAAUCGACUACAGUACGUAUUUCAAGGAAAUAAUCCAAUACUACUGUUGUCAAUUCAGUCCGGUGUCUGCUUAAUAAAGGUUUUUAACAAUAGAAGUUAGCCAAAUACAAUUUAUAUGUUUCAGUGUCCGCGCCCGCUUAAUAGAGGUGUCCGCUCAAUAGGGGUUCGUUAUAAAGGAAAAUAUAGGACGUUAAUUUCGGGACCCAGCAGCUUAGUGUCCGCUUAGUAGAGGGUGUCCGGUUAAUUGGGAGUAUGCUUAAUAGAGGUUUCACUGUAAAAUCUUUUCCUACGACCCGAUUGAGAAUUGCAUCUCUUAUCUCUUUGGUAUUGUCCAGUCCUUGCUGAUACAAGCAAAAAUGUAAACAAUAGAGUACUAAAGUGAUGACGUCAUAAAAAUGAAAUUUCUGAAAUUAUGGGAUUUGUCAGGAUAUUCUGACAGAACAAUGUCCAAGAGGCCUACUUUCCAAAAAUGAGCAUUUGGGGGCAAAUUGUCUCUGAGAUCGUAGCCCAGUUAUGCUUACAAAACUCCAUACAAACCGUUCUAAAUUUUUUUUGGGUCGACCCUCCCAAAAAUUAGAAGGGNAUAUUCUGACAGAACAAUGUCCAAGAGGCCUACUUUCCAAAAAUGAGCAUUUGGGGGCAAAUUGUCUCUGAGAUCGUAGCCCAGUUAUGCUUACAAAACUCCAUACAAACCGUUCUAAAUUUUUUUUGGGUCGACCCUCCCAAAAAUUAGAAGGGUUUGUAUGGAGUUUUCUGACUAUAACUGGGCUACGAUCUCAGAGACAAUUUGCCGCAAAAUGCUCAUUUUUGGCAAGUAGGCCUCUUGGACAUUAUUCUUUCAGAAUACCCUGACAAAUCCCAUAAUUUCAGAAAUUUCAUUUUUAUGGCGUCAUCACUUUAGUACUCUAUGACGUCAGGAAAAAGCUUAAUGUAGCAUUACUGAGCCGACAUUUUGGUUUUCCCGCGAAACGAAGUCUGAGGAACGAUAGCAGAAAUUCUAAAAUGAUAACGUGUCGAUACCCAGAUAUGCAUGGAUAUUGCUGGUGACUGUGAUUGGUCGUACGGCGAGGAAAAUGUGCCUCAACGGCAAUUCAAUGAAAAGCGCUUCCCAGAUCUGGGUAUUGACACGUCAUCAGUAUGGAAUUUCUGCGCUCAUUUCUCAGACGUCAUUUCGCGGGGAAACCAGUGGUGGCGUCGCUAAAUGUCGGCUGUUUUCCCAUAUGUCACGAUAGUUAGACUAAUACAUCUAUAAGACACGCUAGUCCGCUGAUUACUAUGGAUCAGCUUUAUCAUUUAACUUAACUGUACUAGAGACAAUUUUUGGAUUUGUCUUUUCGUAGGUUGCGAUUCCUCAUCCUCAGAAAGUUCAACAGAAGACUUAGCAGAGAAGACAAAAGAACAUUCUCACUGA